GCAACCUCGUUCCAGCCUGCAUAAGCAUCUGGGUAAUCUGAUAUGCGCCGUGGUUGCCCUGCGAGCCCCAAAAAGUGGAAAGGCCCCAGAAGUACCAGGCAGCAAAAAUAGCAUAAACGGCUCCCAUAGAAAGAACCAGAAAAAUGAAACCAAGAGCAAAGACCAUUGGAGUGGUCAAUCGAAUGGUACCCCCAAAAAGAGUAGCUCAGGGUUCAGCCUUCAACCAUUACAG